GGAAGUAAAGCUGUUGUGUUGUGUUUUGUGCAGUACGUAGCACAGUUACAUUAUAUUUAUGGUGCUUUUAUCGUAACACUACGUCUUUACAAAUAUACCAGAAAACUCUGACUCUGGCAACAGACACGGCACAAAAUGGAGGACGACGCUCCCGUUAUUUAUGGUCUCGAAUUUCAGGCACGAGCUCUUACUGCCCAGACAGCUGAAACUGAUGCCAUUCGUUUCCUUGUGGGCACACAGUCACUGAAAUUUGACAAUCAGAUCCACAUCAUUGACUUUGAUGAUGAGAAUAACAUCAUUAAUAAGAAUGUCCUUCUGCACCAAGCUGGGGAGAUAUGGCACAUUGGCGCCAGUCCUGCAGAUAAGGCUGUGCUUACCACCUGCUAUAACAAAACCAGUGACAGCAGGGUGGUUUCCUGUGCGGCAGUAUGGCGGAUGCCCUCUGAUUGGGAGACAGGAAGCCAUGAGUCACCUGAUGACUCCGCCCACAACCCUCAAACCCUGGAACUGCUUUGUCACCUAGACGACAGCGCCCACAGCAACGCUGCCUGCGUGCUGUGGGAGCCCAUGGGGGAUGGCAAGCGUGUGAUUUCAUUGGCUGAUAACCACGCACUACUCUGGGACCUGCAGGAGAGCUCCACACAGGCCACGGUCUCCAGCACCGCCACCCUGGAGGGCAAAGGUCAGCUGAAGUUCACCUCGGGCAAGUGGAGCCCCCACCACAACUGCAGCCAGCUCGCCACAGCGAAUGACACGGCAAUACGAGGCUGGGACCUUCGCACCAUGAGUCAGAUCUACUGUAUAGACAACGCCCAUGGCCAGCUGGUGCGCGACCUCGACUUCAACCCCAACCGACAGUACUACCUGGCCAGCUGCGGAGACGACUGCAAGGUCAAGUUCUGGGACGUCCGCAAUGUCCAGGAGCCCGUCAAGACCCUGGAGGAGCACUCACACUGGGUGUGGAGUGUCCGCUACAACCACAGCCAUGACCAGCUGGUGUUGACAGCCAGCAGUGACAGCCGUCUCAUCCUCUCCAAUAUGGUGUCCAUCUCCUCAGAGCCAUUCGGGCACUUGGUGGACGAUGAGGAGCUCAGCGAGGGGGAGGACAACCACCAGGAGGAAAAGGGUAAGGAGCCCCUAAAGGACAGCGUGGUGUCUACCUAUGAGGAACAUGAAGACAGUGUGUAUGCGGCAGAGUGGUCAUCGGCCGACCCCUGGCUCUUCGCUUCGCUCAGCUACGAUGGUCGCCUCGUCAUCAACAGGGUCCCCCGCGCCCUCAAGUACCGCAUCCUGCUCUGAGAGGGUGGUGAGGGACAGGUGAUCUGAAUGUGUGUGUGUAUGUGUGUGUGUGUGUGUGUUUGAAAGCAUGUGAGAGAAGACAUAAUAACACAUCCUUUCCUACAAAAAGCUGCAAAUAGACAUUCCAUUAUAAUUGGCACAGUAAGCGUGCUGUGGAAGACACUGCAAUCUACAUGUGGAGGCAGCAAUGGUGAUGAGUGUGUGUGCGUGUGUGUGAUGUAAAUUUCCUGUAACUCAUGUUCCACUGUAAAAAAAUAAUACUGUUCUGGCUAUUAAAACUUAUUAACGAUAAAAAAAAAA